GUGUUCCGGACGAGUGGCCACCCCCGCGGGGGCGCCACCUGCGUGGGAUGUGGCCAGGUGUGACUGAACCGUCGGUCGUGCAGCGUGUAAUGCAGUAAUUGAGCAGUGAGCGCGGUGGGACCAACAAAGCACCAGCCAUGGCGACGGACCGCUUUCACAAAGCGGCAAGGGACUCGUUGCUGGACGUUUUGAAAGAAGCGACGCGCAGAGACUGCAACCUGAAGGAUGAGGACGGCAUGACGCCGACGCUGUGGGCCGCUUUCGAGGGCAACUUGGACGCCCUGAGGCUGCUGGUUGGCAGAGGUGGAGACCCGGACAAGGCUGAUCACUUUGGAAACACCGCCCUGCACCUUUCAGCAGCCAGGGGCCACAUGAACUGCGUCACCUUUCUGGCCAACUUCGGUGUGAAUCUGUGGGCACUCGACAUUGACUUCCACUCUGCCAAAGAAUUGGCCGCCAUGAACAACAGAGACGAAGUUUUGCGGUUUUUGGACGGUUCGGUGGCCGCUGAGGAGGCGGCCAAACCAAAGGCGGCCAAAGCCAAGCGCGACAAGGCCCUGAAGGAAGCGGAAAAAAGGCUCAAGGCGCUCGAGAAACAACACAAAAAGGCUGACAGACUUGCGGAGAAAGAACAACGGAGGCUGAAAAAGCAGAGGUCAAAAAUGGACGAAGGGCCAGAGACGACCAUGCCUCACCGGCCAUCACACGUCCUUGCAGCCCUCAAAAAAGCUAAGGCUGUUGAUUCAGCAAAAUUUUCUGAUAUUGUCCAGGGCAAUGGACCAAAGAAGAACGCCGCUGGCGUCCAGAAGAAGCUAUUGAGCAAAACCACAGAUUUUAAGGUGACCAAUGGUGAUGGACAAAGGACGGUGCGCAGUUUAAGUGGUCUUCGGCGAGACUCAGAAGUGAUGUAUGUAGGCGCCUUUGACAAAAAUGGCAAGACAAACGGUGCCCUGAACUCAGCAAACCGGACCUUGUCCGAGCCAGAGUAUUUACACAAUGACGCAAUGUCCGAACCGGCAUCGAUUUUCGACAGGCCUGGAUUUGGUUCUGUAGCUUUCAGAAAUUCAAUAACUGCAACCCUCAAUGCUUUACCCACGGUUCGUGACGGAGGCAAGGAAGAGUUACGGAACAGACGAAAUUCCCUCGGCAGUGCAGGAAGUUCAAACUCCAGGGGCAGAAGACAAAGUGUCCCUUGGGACGAUGAAGAUGUUGAAAGUGACGACGAGGAUGAUGCCGAAUGGUCUCCUCUGCAAUUAUUCCUUCUUGCCCAUGGACUCGGCGAACAUGUGCAAACUUUCAUUAAUGAGCAAAUUGAUUUGGAAGCUCUGAUGUUGCUAACUGAUCAUGACUUGGUGGCUCUCGGAUUGCCACUAGGCCCUCGGAGGAAACUGUUGAAGGCUUUGGAAGACCGAAGGAGAGCUUUGGAUGAGCCAGGGGAAGUUGAAGAUAGUCAGUUAUGAAAAAAAAUAUAUACAUACACAUAAUAUACUUUGCAUAUAAUUAUCUAUUGUUAGUUUUGUAAUUAGUGUAAUUGGGAAGAUACAAAUGGAACGUUCCACCUGUACAAAAAAAUAAAUAAUCGAGCGCUGUUGAUACUUUUACAAAUCAAGGGUCUUUUUAA